ACUUACAUACGUCACGUGCCCCCCUCGUCAACCAUGGAAACCGCCUUCAGACCACUGUUGGAAGAGAAACAAAAUGGAAAGGAGAAAACGUAAGGGGGAAGUGUUUGUUAUCCACAUGGGGGCUGGACACAUGGACUCCAUUUCAUCCAUUAACAGCCCGCUCCGGUGGAGUAUUUUGUGUCGUUUUUUCGUUGUUAUCCAUUUCCCAUUUCCCUGUUUCCUUUCUUGUUCAACUUUCAAACCCCUCUUAAAAGAAGACAAAGCGAUUUAAAUCUCUUUAUUCUCUUGGAAAUUCGUUUCUGUUUCUGUGGGUUUCUUCGGUGUUUAGGUUUUCAUAAUUUCACGUCGAUGGCCCAAAUUUUGAGCAAGACUAGCGUGUUUUCCCCAUGCCAUCAUCAUCAUCGUCGUUGUUGCGUCUCUGCUUUCCCCAAUAAUGAUUAUGGGCACCAUAGAUCAGCGGCCCCUGCUUCUGCAAGGGGGUUUCCAUCUCUGAAACUGAAGCACCGCAAUCUCAGAUCGUUAUCAUCCUCUUCAUCGAAUAGUGACUUCCAUGGCGGAAGAAUCGUUCUUCAAGAGAUUGGAAGCAUGCCCAAGAGAAGAAAUGCCCAAGCUUCUUGCACACUGAUGGGACUUGCCAUUGGAAAAGCUCAGAAAUGGUGGGAGAAAGGGCUUCAACCAAACAUGAGAGAGGUGACCGGUGCCCAAGACCUUGUGGACUCCCUUCUAAACGCUGGGGAUAAACUGGUUGUUGUUGAUUUCUUCUCCCCUGGUUGUGGAGGCUGCAGAGCCCUUCAUCCCAAGAUCUGUCAGUUGGCAGAGAUGAAUCCAGAUGUUGAGUUCCUUCAGGUGAACUAUGAGGAGCAUAAAUCCAUGUGUUACAGCCUCAACGUCCAUGUUCUUCCCUUCUUCCGUUUUUACAGAGGGGCUCAUGGCCGUCUAUGCAGUUUCAGCUGUACCAACGCCACGAUCAAGAAAUUUAAGGAUGCAUUGGCCAAACACACCCCAGAUAGAUGCAGUCUUGAACCGACAAAGGGGCUGGAGGAGAAGGAGCUGCUGGCGCUGUCUGCUAACAAAGAUUUCUCCUUUAACUACUCGCCGAAACCAGUGCCUACGCCUGCACAGGAAGAGAUAGCAGUAGAAGCAACAUCGGCAGCGGCCCCUUCAAAUGCAGAGCUUCCUCCUCCUCUGCCUCUCCCUCUAUCACUUCCUCUUCCCUCAACAAGCCUGAAGGGUUUUCAUGACUCUGAAGUGAAAGAGAAAACCGUGGCCAUGAUUUAGACGGCAUUCCCCACAGUCAAUCUCAUCCCUUCCCUGUACAGUUGUGUGUGUUUUUGUUCAUAUAAUUCGUGUUUAGAAAUUAACAAACCAUAAAAAAUCCAAGGCAUAGCAAGUGUAUGCCUCCAUGGAGUUGCAGGCGUUUGGAUUAAUUUUUUUGGAUCAAAGCCUGCUAAUCUAUGGGAGCUAUCAAGAGGUAAUAUAGAUGUGUGCUGAGUUUACUGGCUCUUUGGCCUCUUGUGAUUGUAAAUACUAAAUAGGUUGCUCCUCUAUUUGCUUCUUCAAUAUAAGAGCUCUUUUGCUUUUUCUUUUUUC